GAAUUGUUUCUGGGUCUGCCGGAGCAUUUCCAAAGUGGAGGGGACCAGUGAGAACCACAAUGAGGACGUUUUUCCUGCUUCUGUUGGUUGCAAUAGCUGCCCUGGGGGGAUGUUGGGAUAAUAUGCAAAUCAGUCCUGUCAAACCGGAUCUCUUAGUCCGGUCCAAAAGAAGAUGGGUCCUGUCUACAUUUGAACUAGAAGAGGAAAUGGAUGUGACGUACCCGUACAAAAUUUCUAAGAUGUUUAAUGACAAGAUUGAAGGAAAAGACUACUAUUUUGAAAUAAAUGGAGACGGUGUCAAUGAUGGAUUGUUCACCAUCAAUAAAAAAACUGGGGAGGUCUUUGCACACAGACCUAUCGACAGAGAGGAGAAGGACACUUACCACAUCAAGUUUGAUGUAUGGGACCUACAGACCAACCAAAAAAUAGACAGAGAUCUCUCCUUUGAUGUGAAAAUACUUGAUAUAAAUGACAACUCACCUGAAUUCAUCAAUCCACAAAAAACAGCCAGUGUGUUGGAAAAUACUAAGGAAGGAUAUCUGCCAAUCUCAUUGGAGGCAAGAGACAUUGAUGAGGAGUUCACAAAUAAUUCCAGGAUCACAUUCAGAGUGAGUUUACAGGAACCCAAAGAACCAACGAUUGAGGCAUAUCAGCUGGAUGGCAGAAUGGUCCAACUCAAAUUUAAAGGAUGUUUCGACUAUGAAAAAGCAAAGCAGUAUAAAAUUACUGUUGAAGCAAAAGACCAUGGAACACCUCAACGUUCCUCCACUACAAAUGUUAUCCUCAAUAUCAUUAACGUAAACAGUCACCCGCCAGUGUUCAAGCAGAGAAAGUAUGAAACUGAGGCUUGGGAAAUGAAAAAACAAGAAAAUCUUUUGAGAUUUGGGGUAGAGGACAAAGACACUCCUAAGACUGAUGGGUGGCGUGCCAAGUACUUCUUCGUCAGCGGAAAUGAGGAGGAAAUCUUCAAACUUGAAACUGACAAAGAAACAAAUGAAGGUAUCCUCAGUAUCAUCAAGGAGAAGAAUUAUGAGAUCACCACUUUGGUCAACCUGACGAUUGGAGUAAAGAACGAUGAAACCUUAUGUGUUUGCAAAGACAAGAAAUUAACUUGUGAUCCAAGUACGCUUCCACCUCCAGACUCAAUCAAAAUUACAGUAAGAAUGAUUGAUACCAAUGACCCACCAGAGUUUGAGAAACGUACAGCCGAGGUGUUCCAAAAGGAAGAAACAGAGCCAGGAAAGGUGCUGUUCACUCCAAAAGUUCAUGAUGUGGACUCUCCAAACAUGAGGUUUGUGCUGGUAGAUGAUCCAGCUGGCUGGGUGUCAAUUGAUGAAAAAACAGGACAAAUCACAUCAGUUAAGAAGAUGGACAGGGAGUCUCCCUUUGUCGAUAGUAAUCAUGUUUACAAAGUCACUAUGGCUGCCAUAGAUGAUGGUGAACCUCCAGCCACAAGCACAUGCACCGUCAACAUCCACCUCAAGGAUAUCAAUGACAAUGUUCCUAAACUGGUCAACAACAGCCUCAUUAUGUGUGGAAACAGGGAUAACAAAAUUAUGGUGUCUGCCCAUGACGAUGACGCUGAUCCUUUCAGUGGGCCUUUCUCCUUCUCUUUGGACGAUGAUGGAACACUGAAGCAGACCUGGAAACUAGACCCUGCCUAUGGUGAACAAGGUGGCCUUGUAAUGCUGAAGGCGCUUCCCUAUGGUAACUACUCAGUGCCGCUGUCCAUUCAGGACCAACAGAACGUGAUUUCACGUGAGACUCUGCAAGUGGUUUUGUGUGAAUGUGGAGGAGGUAAUGUGUGUCGUAGCAAACUGCCACUUUCAUCUGGCCUUGGACUCGCAGGCAUCGGACUGAUUAUUGCUGGACUGCUUUUACUUUUGCUCGUGCUUCUUGUUUUUGAAUGUAAAUGUGGAGAGAAGCCGUUCGAAUAUUUGGAGAACGAUGAGGGCAACCAAACACUUAUCAAAUACAACCAAGAAGGAGGGGGAGCUGCAUGCAAGGCUGAACCAACACUGUUGACGCCAACAAGCGGUAUUACUGUGACAGAUGGACUCAAGCAGGGUUACAUCAUGCAGAAGUCUCAGAUGGCCCCAGUAAUGACCUAUGAUGUGGAAAGGUUCAACACGGGACUUAGUAUGAUGAACUCGGACAUGCAGUCACUGAGUAGGCCUAUGGAUCGACAAAGAGACUCUCGCAGAAGCCAUGAGGGGUAUUCCACGUACUCAUCAUGGGCAACUAACAGGAGGCAAGCCCAUCAGCAGGACAGCUCAUUACAUUACCAACGCUCUGUAAGCCUGUGGUCGGAGCAAUGCCUUGUUGAUCAAAUUGACAGGAAACUUGACAUGAUUGAUGGAAACCAAACACAUGACCCUGUGUACCAACCCUUCAGCUAUGCCUAUGAGGGGAAGGGAAGUAAAUGCCACUCACUGGAUGAGCUGUCACUCAGCAACCUGGGGGAUGAUUUACAGUUUCUGGAUGAUCUGGGGCCAAAGUUCAAGACCUUGGGAAAUAUUUGCCAUGAGACAGUUCAAGCAAAAAACACACAGCUCUAAAGUUUGCUGCUUGAAUGCAGCUUUCAUAACUAAGCCAUUCUUCACUUCUAGUUUAAGAUUACAGGGCAGAUUUAACGGGAUCUUUGAAAAGAUGAUAAACCUCAGUGGCUGGAUUUUGUACUCUUCAAUGGCUGGAUUUCACACUCAUUUAUUAUGGACAUAAAGGACUUGAAUGUCUCACAUGUUUGAAUCCAGGUAUUGUAUUCUUGCAUUUAUCUGUAACGCAUUGAUUUCAAGGCUGCAGCAACAGCUGUGGUUUUUCUUGCUCUCACAUGUACAGUCAUGCUUCGGUGAUUUAGAAAAGCUUUUGAAGUGUUUUGACUUGUUUGUUUUUUACUUCACUUACUUUAUUUUUUAUAAGGGUGUCAAUUUUACAAACUAUAUCAGGCUGUAACAUAUUGCUUUGAAACUUAAAGUGGAAACUGGGAUUUUUCAUAGAAUGAAAUAUUAGCUCUAAAAGUCAUGUAUGCAAGACCACUCUUUUGUAAACUGUAAAAACCUAACUGGGUAAAAUCAAUGCCAAUUAGAAAUUAAACAGCAGAUUUUUUUCAAAAAACUCUAGAUUUCUGUGGUGUGUUUUUUGAUCUGGUGGAGCAGAAGUUGAAUUAACACUAUUUAACUUAUAAAAUUUCUAAAUUCAUCACAAGUUUUAUGACAUGGAUGAUAACUGUGUGAUCUUUUGCAUCUUUGUGCCAGUAAUUUGUUUUUUUUUCUUCAUUAGGUCUGUCUCCCUCUUCUACUCUAUAAUUAGCUGUAGCUACAUAAUUUCCAGUCAUUUAAUUAUUUAACCUUGGCACUUCUAGAUUAGCUAUCCCC